AUGGGCUUCGACUGUAUCUGGAUCACGCCUCCAUUCGACUCAAAUGGAUACAUGGGCUACGAUGCCAUAAACCUCUUUGAGAUCAAUCCUCACUUCGGCACCAAAGCGGACCUGAAGAAGCUCUCACAGAGCUUACACAAUAGGGGCAUGUGCCUGGUGAUGGACAUCGUACUGAACCACAUGCGCUCGUUGAAGGUGAAUGGCAAGUUGAAUAUGUCGUCCAUCGUGCCUUUCGACAAGCCCGAGUACUACCACCAGCGUGAUCGGCGUCCAGAUCAAUCCUUUGAGGACUAUCUGCUGAGUGGACCCCCACCAGCUUUCGAUGGAUCGAUGGACAGUCGCAACCUGGAGAAGCUCGUCAAGAAGAAACAGGUGUCCUGCGGCACAGAGCAUCCCGAGCAGACCGAGUGUUCGUGCUUCCCGGGAAACAUGGGCCAAAGCUGUCCAUCCUACAACGCUCAGCAGCAGGUCGAAGGAUGGUUCGGCUCCCUCGGGGACCUCAACCACAGCCAUCCCUAUGUGCGCGAGCAGAUGCUCGACUGGGUCACCGGCCUUGUGACAGACUACGACGUGGAUGCUUUCCGCCUAGACACGGCCAUCUAUGUGGAUCCAGGCUUUGUCAGCGAGGUGCAGCAGGUCGUGGGCGUGGAGAUCCUUGGUGAGGCCACGGUGAACAAUCUGACCUACCAGGCAAACCUGAUGCGAGACGCCCAGGGCGAGCGCAUUUUGACGGGGCUUUUGAACUUCCCGCCCUUCUACCAGGUGCCGACAGCCUUUUGCGGCUACAUCCUGGAUGCAGAGUUUGCCAAGUAUAAUACACAGGGCAGCUGGCGCAGCCAAGCAGACAUGACAGGAUUGGCCCAGGUGAUGAUGGCUCAAUUGUCCUCCGGCCGAUACGAGUCGCUGGAUUUGAUGGGGAACUUCGCGGACAACCAUGAUGAAUUUGCCCGCGUCGAGCACUACUGCAAGUCCGACAAGGUGCGCAUCAAGAAUGCGCUCACAUGGGUGAUGAUGGCACAGGGCAUCCCGAUAGUCUACUAUGGCACGGAGCAGGGUCUGUCGGGGCACCAACACCAGGGGCCCACAAACCCUGGCCAGGACGCAUUGCGCGAGUCUUUGUGGCAGACUCGCUUCCGCACUGACGCGUGGCAGUACAGGUUCCUUGCCGUGCUCAACCGUGCACGAAAGGACAACAGCAUCGGUGCGGGUGCAUCCGAGAUCAAGUUCUUCUCUUCCGAGUCAUUGAUUUUCACCCGUGCCAGCCAUGGUGGCACGCGAGAGGCGUGGGUCUUUUUGAACAACGCCAACAGCAGCGCCACCUCCAACUUCAGAUACUGCCCCGGACCGUUGCCGGGAAUCGACGGCCAGGCGUGGUUCGAUGCGAUUUCAGGCAAUCGAAUGGAUCAGCGGCUGUCGAAGGGAUGCUUCCUGGCGCCCGACGCAGAGCCCAAAGUGCUCGUGUUGCAGCUGGAGAAUGUGAUCAUCGAGUGA